AUGUAUAUUUGUGUGGCAGGCAUCAACAGCAGAAAACUGGAGAUUCAUGGUCGACUUGGGAUAAUCUGCCAUGCAAUUUUGGAGCAUAAACCCAUUGUUAAUGUGGAUAAUAUAGGUCCUCAGUACCAAAUGUUCGAUUUUUGCGACAAAAGCUCAGAGGAGAUUAAGCAGUUUCUUCUACAGUACUGUCUGAAGCAGAUUUUGGAGGAUUACAAUAUGAUUCCAGAUCCAAUGUCCAACUUCUACGAUGCCCUCUGUGUCGGAAUUGACUGGUUUGAAAAUCUCAACACCGAUGGAUUCUUUCAACUGUCUCCCGACAAUUCUGAAGAUGAGGACAUGGAUCAGCCUCCUCCGGAGUUCCAAAACGAGCCGCCGGAGCGGCCUCCGAGGCGACCCUCUCUUGCCGCACAGAGGGCGAGAACGGGAAGAAUGACGGUGAACGAUGUGUGGCAAUAUCUUCAUCUGCCCAUAUCGGAGGCUUCGAAGAAACUCAACGUUUGCAACACUGUGUUGAAGAAGAUUUGCCGCCGGAGCGGUCUCAGCCGGUGGCCUUACAGAAAGAUACGGAGUUACGAGAGGCGAAUAGCGGCGCUGAGAGCGACGAUGAAUUCAAGCUAUGGAGAUACGAGGGCCCGAGCAGAGGCUGAAAUCGAAAGGGUUCAAAAAGAGCUCGCUGAUUUUUGUGCUGGAAUUAGAAUAUAA